AUGAGAGGAACUGCAAAGAAAUGGAGCGGCUGGGUGAAAGCGCUCCAGGAAACAUGCCGCUGCGCCCCUCAGAUGGAGACCGGUGGCAGCCAGAAGAGAUCAGGGGCACCGGCUCCACCAUGGCCUAGCAGUGCAACACGGUGGAAUGUCUCUACUGCGACAAGGUCUCCAAGUACGAGAAGUUGGCCAUGAUUGGGCAAGGCACCUUCGGGGAGGUCUUCAAAGCAAAACAUCGUCAAACAGUCAAAAUUGCAUUGAAAAAAGUGUUGAUGUAGAAUGAAAAGGACGGGUUCCCCAUCACAGCCCUACGGGAGAUCAAAAUCCUCCAGCUACUCAAGCAUGAAAACAUUGUGAAUCUCAUUGAGAUCUGCAGGACCAAAGCCUCUCCGUACAACUGCUGCAAGGGCAGCAUCUACCUGGUAUUUGACUUCUGCGAGCAUGACCUGGUUGGACUCCUUAGCAAUGCCCAUGUCAAGUUUACACUUUCGGAGAUCAAGGAAGUCAUGCAAUUGCUCCUGAACGGCCUGUACUACAUCCACCGGAAUAAGAUCUUGCAUCGGGACAUGAAAGCAGCCAACGUGCUUAUCACCCGCGAUGGUGUUCUGAAGCUGGCCAACUUUGGCCAGCCCAAUCGCUACACUAGCAGGGUGGUGACUUUGUGGUAUCGUCCUCCGAAGCUGCUUUUGGGGGAACGAGAUUAUGGACCACCCAUUGACGUCUGGGGCGCAGGAUGCAUAAUGGCAGAGUUGUGGACCCAAAGCCCCAUCAUGCAGGGAAACACAGAACAGCACCAGCUCACUCUCAUCAGCCAGCUUUGUAGAUGCAUCACCCCGGAGGUAUGGCCAAGCAUGGAUAAGUACAAACUGUAUGAGAAGGUGGACUUGCCGAAAGGGCAAAAGCACAAGGUGAAGGAGAGGCUAAAGGUGUACGUCAAAGACCCAUAUGCUCUGGAUCUCAUAGACAAGCUGCUGGUCCUGGAUCCUGCCCAAAGGAUAGAUAGCGAUGACGCCCUGAAUCACGACUUCUUCUGA